ACUCCAACUCCGGCAGCGGGCGGCGGCGAAAAUGAAGCCUCGUGGUCCGCUACUAAACCAUAGUAGUAGAAUUUGAGCUGUUGCAUCAGUUUUCAGUUCUCAUACCCAUGUAUCCGCUCCACCAUGAAUUUCCCCUCCAAAAUUAGAAACACUACAUGCAAACAUAACAAUUCAUGGAGCUUGAAUCGGUAAAAGAAAAACCAAAUCCUUUUCUCAUUUUCUCCUAUUUCUUUCAUCAUUCCACUUUGGUACUUCCCAAAAACUGAUAGUUUAAAAUGACGGUGGUUGAUAUACUUUUCCGAAUCGACGAAAUCUGCAAGAAAUACGAAAAGUACGAUCCCGAGAACCAUCGCGAAGCCAGUGCCUCUUCCGAUGAUGCCUUUUCUCGCCUCUACGCUACCGUCGACGCCGAUAUCGAUAGGACUAUCGAGAAAGCUGAGAAGGUUUCUACGGAGAAGAGUAGAGCAACGGCGGUGGCAUUGAACGCUGAGGUUCGUCGGACAAAGGCUAAAUUGAUGGAAGAAGUCCCUAAGCUUCAAAAAUUGGCUAAAAAGAAGGUCAAGGGACUUUCCAAAGAGGAGCUAGAAACUCGCUUCGAACUGGUACUAGCGAUUAUUGAACGGAUUAAAGCCAUUCCAGAUGGAUCUACACCUUCUAUGAACCAGAUCGGUGGAUGGGGGACUUCAUCAUUGAACCAAAAUAUCAAAUUUGACUCGUCAGAGGAGUGUUUCUCUAGUGAUUUUUAUGAACAAUCGGAAGAAUCGGACCAAUUUAGAAACGAAUAUGAAAUGAGGAAAAUGAAACAGGAUGAAGGACUUGAUGCGAUAUCAGAAGGUUUGAAUGCACUGAAAAAUAUAGCUCUUGACAUGAAUGAGGAAUUAGACAGACAAGUUCCUCUGAUGGAUGAGAUAGAUACAAAGGUUGACCAGACGGCAUUGGAGCUUCGAAAGAAUAAUGUCAGACUGAAGCAAGCCAUUACCGAGAUAAGAUCCAGUCGGAAUUUCUGCAUUGACAUUAUUCUGCUGUGUAUAAUUCUGGGUAUUGCUUUCUAUUUAUACGAGUAA